AUGAUGGCGCCUGCCAGCGUUGUUGCGCAGAGCAACGGCGUGACGGCUUCGUCCAAGAAGAUGGCCAAGGCGACGACGCUAUCUAUCAAGGUGACGCAAGCGGAAGAUGCAUUGCAGGACAGUAUCUCAAGCGAGACGGAAAAUGUGGUCAGUCGCACGACCGUUUCCACGGUGGUGCAGACCGACUCCAACGCGGUGUCGAGAGAGGAGAUUCUUGUGGGCGGACCGGAGAGCUGUUGGCGUGGCUACGACGCGCCAGCGCUAGAACAGACAGACCUAGUCAGCUACCUCAACACCAUUGCGGAUGAGCGUUUGAUGCACAUGCCGCGCAAGGGCAGUGACUGGGACCGGGUGUUGCGGACGGCACAGUUCUUUGGGUUGCAGAUCUGGCGCUUUGGCGAGAAGGUGGGCAAGUUUGCACCACUGAGUCGCGAGGCAGCUUCCGGAGCUCUGGCGAGCUGCCGGAUGCUGCUUGACAUUGGGCACCAGCAGGCAGCAGCGCUUCUUCCAGGGUUCAUGGUGCUGUACGAGCUCGGGCUGCUGGUGUCGCAGAUCACGCAGAUUCCGGGCAUCUUUGAGUCGGACCGAACAGUCAAGGACGACAUCAGUCGGUUGUACGGCGAACUGGUGCAUCUGACCCGAAAUGUGGCCAAGUACUAUCGGCGCAACAUCUUGGGGCUGGGCCGGUAUGAGCAGCCGACGAGACUCGACUUGGACGCGGAAUUUGGGGAGUAUAUCGAGUCGAUCUGGACGAGCAAGGCGGCGCUGUACGAGCGGAUGUGGCGACAAAGCAUGGGCAAGCAGUCCUAUGCGCUGGGGCCGGCAGAGCUGCGGGCUCGUCUCAACGAUGACAAGACACAGUUCCGCCACGCGCUGUAUGCAGAGCUGAGCGAAGAUCUGGAGCGCGCCGAGGACACGUGCGAAUGGGUCAAGGCGGACUUGGCGGACUUUCUGCAGAGUGGCGACAAGUUUCUCAGCGUGACAGGCGGCCCGGGCUCGGGCAAGACUGUUCUGGCCGAUUGGAUCGAGGAGAGACUGCAGCGACCGCUGCUCGGCACGACUUACAGCGUGUUGCUGUACACUUUUCCCUCGGACGACCACGAAAGCGCAUCAGUGCUCGGGUUCCUCAAGGGCGUCCUGUUCCAGCUGCUUGAGCGCAGCGUGGGCAACAUGAAGCUGUACCAGAGCCUGGUCAGCGCCUUUUCGGCCGGCGAACAGCCACGGGAGGCAUUGGAGACGGCGCUCUGGAAGGCACUGCAGGUGGGCCUCAACACGUUUAAGAGGAGCGAGGAGCCGAUCGUGCUGCUGCUCGACGGGCUGGACGAGGUGGCCGGGGGCCAACAGUCGGCGGUAACUGGAUUCCUGCAAGCACUGCGACAGCACGUGACCGCAGUGAAGAGCGUGCGGAUCAUCACGUUUGCGCGUCACGAGCGAGCGAUUGCCGGUGCCCGCAAGAUCGCGAUGACGGCCGAGGAGAUUGCGCCGGACAUUCGCAGCUUUCUGCGACAGACACUGGCGCGGUCGAGCCUGUUUAUGGAGCUGGCACCGGCGACGCGCGAGAAGACCAUCGAUGGGCUGGCACAAAAGGCCGGCAGCUCCUUUCUGUGGGCAAGGCUUGCGGGAAGCUAUCUUGUGCAGUACUAUGGCAGAAAGAGCGAGCAGACUGGCGGUGCCGGAGCAGACGAGCUGAUCAAGGUGGCGGCUGGCCUGAGCGGUAGCCUGGACGACGUGUUGCAGCUGCUGGUGGCACGGCUAGACCUCAAGGGCGACAGCGAUCUGGCGCGGAUGCUGGUCUUCCUAGCUAUCAGCGACGGCGUGCUGGCCGAGACGGACGUGGCGCAGCUGCUGUCGGUUCACGUGACUGAACAACGCAGCACAGCUGAAGCGGUCGAUGUGGCGCAGCUGGUCUCUCACACGGUGCCGGAUCUGGUGCUGGUGCGAGACGGUCACGUGCGUUUCAAGAGCUCGCUGAUCCGACAGCACAUGCAGCAGCGACAGCUGGGCCGGGCACUGCCGGCGACGCGGGAGGCGCACACGAUGAUGGUGCUGCACCUGCUGCUGUAUUCACGGCUGUCGGUCCGGUCGGCCGCGUACGGCGAGCCGACGGUGGAGGAAAUGGACGACGUCGUGGCACGCCGUCUGAUGGCGGCCAACCCGCUGCUGCCACUCGUCAUGGCACGCUGGCUGACGCACUUCCGGGCAUCCUCGAUGAUCCAGGGCGGCGAGCUGGCGCUCUUGCACGACUUCCGCGCCGUCUUCCCCGACACGGCCGUGUUCGCGUUGCUGGAGCGCCACGUGUGGAGCCGCAGCCUUGGCUCGUCAGACGAGGUCAUCGCCUGGCUGACGCUCUCGCUGCGCAUCCGCGAGAAGCUCUUCACCGACCGCAAUAGCGUGUCUGUGCUCCAGAGCCUCAUCGUGCUCGGCCGGACUCAUCUCGCUGCCGGCCACGUCGUCGACGGCGCCCGCUAUCUCUACCGCGCUGCCAUCCUCGGCCGGACCGUGCUCUCGACCUACAGUACCCUCGUCAUCGCCUGCACGGAUCUCUUCCUGGACGCGACCAGCUCUAUGGUGUUCACUACGCGCACCGACAUUUUUGAGUACCGCGAGGAGCUGAUCCAGUUCAAGAUCGAGCAUACCAACUACCGCUAUGGUACCUACAGCGAUCGCGUCAUCGUUUGGUACGAGAGUCUUGCAGCCAUGUAUGUCGCCACAAAUGAGGUGGAUCAUAUCCGCGGUGCCUACAAAGAGCUCCAGGAAAUCAACGUCAAGAUAUUCGGUUCGGGGUCCCGGGAAGCUCGCAAAGUCGUCGAGGCCAUGUCCGAUGUAAAGAUCCAACGUGAGGGUGAGGAGAGGACAGUAAUUCCAGGCAUUGGCAAGACGUUGAUCGACAUAGCCACUUUUUUUGACGACAAAGACGUGUUGCGGGUGCCAGUUGGACUGGAAGCUGCUCGAAGCUUCGAGUUGGAGGAGAAGUGGCAGCUGGCCGAGAGGGUGUACGUCCGACUGUGGCAGUGGGUGUCUGGGAUGACGCAGACUUCGGCGGUGGCGUCUUUGAUGGAUAUGCACGCAGCCAAACUGCAAGUCUCCCUGGCCUACAGCACUUUUCUGCGGCGGCAGAAGCGAACGGAAGAAGCGGCCAACAUUCUGAUUGUCCUGUGGACUGAGUACAAGACGUACAAGUUUGAGUCGACGGAGAUGAUCGGCUACAUACAUGACGUGGCGGUUCAGCUCAAGGAACUCGGCCUUCUGGUGAUAUCAGCGAGCAUCUUGUCCAAGGUGUGGUCAUGGUACCAGAUGGAGAACCGGACAGAAGACGAGAUGGCCCGCAGCACUACUACUCUCGUGACGGAGGUGGUGCGGGAGAUAACGGAAACAACAGUGACGACGAAAGUGACGACGAUGCAGACGACAGAGGAAAUAGAGACAGUGGUUCACGAGCUGUUCCAAAGAGAGCUGCAACGCUGCAAGGACCGGAGCACGCUUGACACCACGUUUUUCUCCUCGGCAGCUGCACUGGUCAACACACACGUGGCACGGGGUCGAUGGGAAGACGCCGAGAUGGCCAUCCGACGGUCGCUGGAAGUCACUUGGCCGGAGGUUUUGCAGGACAACGGCGAGCCGAUCAAGUUGAGCCCGACAUUCGCGCGCGAAACGGUACAGCUGUCCAAGGACCUGGCCACAGGCUACUCACGGCAGCGACAGUUCGACCGGGCCGAGAAGGUGCAUCUGCGUGUGUACGAGGCGGCAAUGGCGUCGCUCUCGCCGGAAGACGACCUGUUUGUCGAGGUGCUGUCGGGACUGGUGGGCUUUUACGAGGCACACCACAGACACGAGGCCGUGAUCGGGCUGUACAUCGGCCUGGUUCAGCGGUACAAGGCGUCGCUUGGUUCUGCGCACGCCCUGACUGUCCGGGCUCUGUACACCCUGGCCGGUCAGUACGAGCUGCUGGGCCGACGUGAGGCGUACGGCUGCUAUGGCGAGAUCGCCGGCACUCUCAACAAGGGCUUGGAUCACGUGCACCCCGAUGCGUUUACGGCCACGGUUGCGCUGGUGCGCCACUGGCGUGCGGAGAAGCGGUGGUCCGAGCUGACCGUCGUGGCUAGCCAGCUGUGGAAGACGUUUGGCAUCCAGCGCAAGGAAAGCAUUAGCUACGAAGGCUUCACGGAGGAGGUGGCGGCGUUGGCAUACGAGGCUCACGUGACCUCGCUAGAGCAUCAGACCGCCCCAGCAGACAAUGCGCUGAUGUACCGAACGGCAGUAGAGUAUCGUGACAGGGCGACGGACGUGUUUGGGUCGUCGUCGUCUGUCGUUGGGGAGGCUCUGCUGGCGCUGGCAGAAGUGGCCGAGCGCAGCGAGCAGCGCCAGUUGGAAGCGCUCGCGAUCUACGAGGAGGUCUUGACGAGGCACAGGACGACCCAGACGACGACCACUGUGCUGACAGAGACAACGGUACACACGGUCCGACGACGGCUCUCGCAGCUGUACGUCACCGUCAUCUCGUCCAGCAGCAAGAAGAUGUCCGAGGCCGUGACGGCGACCACGAUCGAGCGAGCCGUAGCCGUCUCGAUCGAGACGUAUACGCAGAUGCAAGCCGAGUAUGGUGUCUGGCACAAGGCCACGCUGAAGCAGCUGCACCACGUCAUCGUCUUGUUGCAGCGCAGCGGCACUGCGGAGGCGCAGGUGCGCGUGCGCCGGAUCGUCGAGUCGGCCGUCGUUGACAUUGUCAGCUGCCACGGCGUCGUGUCCAUGCAGCUGUUCGAGGCGGCCACAAGGCUGGCGGCUGUCUUUGUCAGCACAGGUCUCGUGACGCUGGGUCGUGAUUUGCUUAGUCAGCUUCGACUGCUUCUCGUCUUUGGCAGCACGCUGCCGGCGAGCAUGACGAAGACGACGACGAUCAAGUUGCCGGCCGACAUUCAUAGCCGGGUAGUGUUUGUGUUUGUGGCAGCGUUUGAGCGGCAGCUUUCAGAGACGAGAGAGACAAAGACGGUGGUCUCGUCGGCGUCCUUCUCGGAGCUGCUGUCGUCGCUCCUGUGCGAAGCCUUUCUGCACGACGAGUACCGCACGGCCGUGGCCACAGGCGUGGGAAUCGAGCUUCUGCUGCAGCACGGCGCACGGCUGCGGCGCUUCUGGGUUGACGACAGCAAGGUCGAGCUGGUGCGCCUGCUGGACGGCCAGCUGUUCCCGCUCUUUGUGCGCGCAUAUGCCGAGCCGAUCAAGGCGGCUGCCGUGGCCGAGGAGCACGUCGUGCUGUUUUACGAGGCUCUCUUGGCCGAGCUGGGCCGCGACCGGGCGCAUGCCAGCUUUUCGGCGGCCGCGGCCAGCGCCGGCAACGCCGAGGUGCGCACGCUGCUGGAAAGUGGCCGACAGAAGCAGGCGCUCGAGGUCGGCCGGCUGGCCUUUGUCUUUUCCGCCUCGCAGGGCUACUACGGUGCCGAGAGUGCCGGUAUCGGCUACGGCUACGAUCUUGCGAGCAUGCUGGCUGGCGUCGGCGUGCAGCUGCCGACGACAGAUGCGUCGACCAAAGAGACAACGACACAGCUGCUUCUCCUCUCGCGUGCCGUCACGGCCGAGAUCUUUACCGUGCUAGAGGCCCAGAAGGUCGACCUGGCCGCACUCGAGGUCCACGACGUGGCUGCGCUGGUUCGUCUGCUGGCCGCCCAGGCUGACUAUGGUCGCCUCCAGUCAAUGCUGCUGCGGCUCUGGCAGUCGCGCGAGGUUCGUCGCAGCUGGAAACCGGCCACGGUCCUCUCCAUCGGCUUUGCCCUCGUCCACGCCUACGUCGGCGAUGGUCACAGCCAUCUCGACCGCGCCGUCGAUCUGGCCGACCUGCUCUGGUACAACCUCCGACGCAGCCGCGGCUGGCUUGACCCGGACGCCCUUGCGGCCGGUCAGCUCCUCGCCAGCCUCUACGUCGAAGCUGGCCGCAUUGCCGACGCGCUCGGUGUCUACGAAAAUGUCCUCCGCCAGAUCGAGACCGCGGCCAGCGGCGUCCACUCAGCUGCUACCACUACCAACGCUGCCGAAGACGCCCAGGGCGACCGCAAGGCCCUCGCAGCUCAUUCUUGCCACCCGAUCGAACUCCUGGGUGGGGCCCAUGCCCGGCUCGGCCGCUGGGUAAAGCCCACGAAGGAGUACCAGGACCUGUACGACCACCUGCGCAGCACCCUCGGCCUGCAGACUCAGCUGGCCUUGCCGUUCGACAAGUGGGCUGCCGCUGCGACGAGCGGCUCGGCCGCCAGCAAGGCAGCCCUCUCCGGCUGUUAUGUCCGGUCGACGGACUUGGUGAUUGUCGAUCAGGUCCGGUCUGGUGACUUGGCGGCCCCAAAAUAA